UCAGCAUCACCCACUUUCAGUGCAGAGAGAGAGAGAGAGGGAGGGAGGGAGAUGGCACAGAGCAAGGAUGAUAUCAAGUUUGGGGUGGCACAGGCAAAGUUAUCAGAAGAUGAGAUGCUGAGGAUGAGGUACAAGCAUGGCACCCCCCUGGAAGGUGGCAAGGUUGCAGAAUCUGAGCCUGUCGAUCUCUUCGCUGAUGCCCGGAGGAUUGCCGGGAAGAAGGAUGAUGCUUCCAGAGGUGAAGGAGAAGAUAACAAGAGUAGCACAGCCAAGACUUCUGGCUGUUGAAGUGAUGUAAUGCAUCAGUGGUGGUUCGUUCUUUCUCGCAUGACUUCUUGGAGUUAGUGUCAUUAGAAAGUGCCUCUUUUGAAUAAGAUGUUCUCUAGAAGUAAUAAUAUAGGAGUUAGUGAGAUGAUGGUUGUGAGUGACGUUCAGCUUUUUCUGUCAUGGUGAUUAAUAAUAAUAAUUUAUCCUACAUGGUUUAUGGACUA